UCGAGCCUGGCUUCCGUGUUAAGCGGCUGACUGCAGCGAAAGGCUCGUAUAUGAGCUUACUGAUCCCUCGGAGCGUAUCUUGGUGUUGGGCUAUUCUGUCAUCAAAGUCCUUCUUGAGUGGUUUUCUGGAUCGUAUGGUCUGUUGCAGGUGACAUUCGCUUUGUUCAUUCUUACGGACUUUUGAUACUCUCAUUCAUAUCUUUAUUGUCUAAUAAUCCCUUGUUGUUCCGAGCGUGUCUGCAAUAUCAGCACAACCAUGCCUUCCUUUACUCGACUGAGCGCCUCGCUCUUGCCCCUCACUGCUUUUGCUCUCGCAACAAGCCCAUACACCUCGUCAAGAAACGAGACACCAAAGGACAACAACGCAGACUGCAACUGCUAUGUUGUCUCAACCGGUGCCGACUCGAACACACCAGAGUACUUCCAGUACUACCGCUUCUACGACUUCCGCAACCUGCCGGGCGGCCUUUCUGAGGCACCAGGGCAGGUGAACGAUAGCAUGGGGUUGGAGCCGACAUGGCAACCCGAUCUGUUCAAUAGCGACGACUGGAACUACGACUGGGCCACACAGAACUGGAGCAAGCCGGCUACAGAGGAUUUCCCCGUGCCAAUGUCGAAUUCAUACGCGAACAUCUACCUCGCCGAAGAGAACGACAGCAGCUACCUCGCCCUCCGCACAUCGCGCGAAUCCGACUUUCAGUCAGCCAGCGAGAUGGAGAACCACCAGAAGAAUCUAAUGCACGUAUCAAUGCGAAUGUACGGGCGCGUAGUAGGCGACAAGGGUGCUGUAGCCGGAUUCUUCACCUUCGUCGACGACGACAACGAGUCAGAUAUUGAGAUCCUGACCCGCGACCCCAUCGACACAAUUCGCUACACCAACCAGCCCUCUGUCGGCAAGGACGGCAACGAAGUCGCGCAGGCUUCAGUCGCAGGCACUGACCUGCCCAGCUGGGAGGACUGGCAGACGCACCGCAUCGACUGGCUGCCGAAGAACAGCUACUGGUACCUCAACGGCAAGCAGGUCGCAGCAAACACAUACUCUGUGCCCCGGAAGCAGAGCUACAUGGUGCUCAACAUGUGGAGUGAUGGCGGAGAGUGGAGUGGAAACAUGACCGAGGACCACUCGGCGGAGUUCCAUGUCCAGUGGAUUGAGAUGACUUUCAACACCAGCGGAUCGUACCAGGGCAAGAAUGAGAAGAGGGCCAGCAAGGGGUGCGAGACUGUUUGCAAGAUUGACGGUGUCAAGCAGAUCGGUACACCGGAGGUUGUUAGUGUCAACAAGAGCGCUGCCGCCGCUAUGGGUGUGUCGUGGGGGCUGCUGGCGGUGGUUGGUGCUGUUUCUAUGUUUGUUGGGUUGUAGCGGUCUUUUGGAUACCAGUCAUCAACUAUGCAUAGCGCAUAGCGAUUUCUUCGUCAGCCCGAAAAAUUGCCUGGCAUGCUAUGAGUCCCAACCUUCGAUUCAUCGUGACACGCGCUAUCAUGUGAGACCGUGGGGCACCUAAUCCCGUGUUCGCCCAAGCUCCAGCUAUUGUCCCUCCAGCUCCGCCUCCAUCCACACCUCCGC